AUGGCGCACGCUAAGCUCGCAGCUCUAGCCGUGCUCGUGGUGAUCCUGCUGCAUGGGUCGCCGCGUGCACUUGCGAUUGACCAAAUGCCGGCGACGAUGACCUUGAAUGGGUUCGAGCGCGGCGAGGGUGAGCCAGCAGAGUGCGACGGCCAGUACCACAACAACAAGGAGAUGCUGGCGGCGCUAUCAACUAGGUGGUACGCAGGCGGGAUUCGGUGCCAGAAGAUGAUCAGCAUCACGAACACACAAAACGGGCGCACCGUGCAAGCGCGCGUGGUGGACGAAUGCGACAGCAAUCACGGGUGCAAGGACAACAUUGUAGACACCUCAGUCGCUGUGUGGAACGCACUUGGGCUCGACACCAACAUCGGUGAAGUGCACGUCACAUGGUCCGACUCCUGA